AUGGAUCCUGUGCGCGAAAUUCUCUUUAAUUGCUGUAACAUGUUGGGAUUUCAAGGUGUGAGAAACUUGAAAGACUUAGGCAUUAUGAAGCAGGCGACAUUGGAGAAGAAGCUGCGCAAGAAUGGCCAGAGGCUUGAGUCCAACAGCAUCGCCUCAAUCUACAUGGCAUGGAUGGCUGAGCAUAUUGCAAAAUCGCCUUCCUGGGAGGAGGGAACACCUGCUUGGAAAAUGUGCAUGUACCUCAAAGAUUCAGGCUGCGGUGGAAUCGACGCCGUGAGGAUCUGGAAUGACAUGCUCCUACUAGCUCGCAUGGGGAGCAGGUUGCAGAAGCCAGAGAGCGAGAGACUCCACGACCGAGGUCGUCUCGUUGAGAAGGUGAUUAUCGUGGUUCUGCUCCCGACUUCUGAUCUACGAGAUGUCGCCAAGGAGGUCGGAGAAGAUCACUGUACGGCGGACUGCCCCUUCCUAUCAAAAUCGAAGAUAGCGGAGAGAACACCACCUGGCUAUGUUUGCAAAAAUUGUGGUAGCAUUCGCCAUUUUGACUAUGCCUGCCCGAGAAACAAUGUCGAGAACUUGCAAAAGUCACAGGACACAACGGCCAUGAAAGAAGACCAGUCUGAGAAUGCCUAUUGGGCGGAGAGCGCCUAUGGUGAACAACGAUCGGCUCUUGAAACACGGGAUUCUCCUGAACUACAGUACGGUGACCAUUGUCCCGAGACCAGCAAGGAUCGGUCUAUCAUAUGGAAGGAGUCAACACCAUUUGAUGGGAGGCUUACACCUUGGAGCGAAGACGACGUGAGCCAGGAUCAGACAGUCAAUAAUUUGGGACGACAGGAAACUUCUGAGGACAGGAUCUCACUUCAAGAAGCGGAUGACUUUCUCACCGAGAUGGGAAAGGAAAUUCAGGAGGCCACGCUUCCUGUCUCGAAUGUGGAGGGCUCGUCGCUUUCCGGGGCCCGGCAUGGCCGUGCCCUAGAUGGCAGCCCUCCCCGCAAGAUGCAGAAACGGCAGCAUCCCGUGGAUGAGAUGUCGAUGUGCGAUGAGGCCAAAUCGUCGGUCGAGGUUCACCGCACCCCUAAGUCACUUGACCGAGAUCCUCCUCAUCAUGAUGGUGUGAUCAGCUUGUUUCACCAUCGGGAAAAUGUCUUGGUCAACAGAGUACGACGUUCAAGUGCAGCUGAUAUGUGGCCUGAAUCAACAGAGAGAGUGGACGGACAGGAGUAG